AUGAUUUAUGAAAGAAAGAAGGGAAUACAAGGUGAACUACAGGUAUGUAAACCUAAAUAGUGUACCAUUACAUAUCAAAAUGAUUUAUUUCUAGUUUUUUUACCUCGUAAUCUCGUGCAUGAUGGCCAAAUGAGAAUGCAGACCUAUAAGACAGCGGUUUUUGCACUACGAUACUUCAUAUUGCUAGGUUCGUUCUAUUGUUCUAUAAGUUAAAUCCUUCGCGAAAAUUUUCAACAACAAGAAAUUAUUUGUAAACAACAAAAUAGUCCUGAAAUAAUACUUUACCGAGAAAGGACGCGGGCGGCGGACCAGAAACUCAAAAUUAACUUGUAGUGGCCUUGAUUCAGUGAAAUAUAUUCGGCAUUUGAUGCUAUCACCACUAGACUCAUACAGUAUGCCAUUCUGUCCGCAUAUCCGAAUCUGAUAAUUAAUGGUGCAUUUUAUUCAAGUAUCAAUGUUGAUCGGUUGUCGAUAUAAAUACAUUCAAUAACAGUUUAAAUAUUAUUGUAUUAUUUAUUUUUGCAUGUAAAUAAACAUACCUUCAAAAAUGUCGACGUUUCUCCUUGAAUACUCUCCACCAAAUUGUCAAUUCUGGCUACUGUUUUGCCUGAAAUUUCAAUAUUAUUUAAUUUCCUUGUCAAAUUCGAUAAUUUCACAAAAUUCUCGCACAAUGUCUUCAAACAUUUUACAAAGACGAAGAGGCACGAAAAUUCCCGAGGAUGUAUUAUUCUGCAUGCGCAUUUGUUGACCAAUCAUAAUGCUUGUUUUAUUCGUGUCUUUUUAAAGGCAACCGAUAAGUAUGGCAUGUUCAUCAGUGAGGUAAACAUGCACAGUGCGCUGCUGAUUACUGAUUUUUUCUGCUCCAACAGCUAAAUCAAAGUUGAUUGUAAUGAAAUGUCAUAUUUGAUGAUUCAUGCUAAUUUAGAAACAAUUUCAAUGAAUUAUUUUAGAUUGGGAUAAUGGAUACGAGCCGAUAAAUCUUCUCGUAUUUUCAAUGUUAUACAAUAAAUAUGGAAAUAUGAAACAUAUUUCACAACAAUUCUUCGCACUGUUGAGUAGUUUGAAGGAAUGUGUGAAAUUUUGACGACGUUUCAAAGUUGCAUGUUUAUUUGCGAAAAUAUAAAUAUUUCCCCUUUGGCUAAAGAGUUAUUCUGUAGAUCUGCAACAUUUGAACUGGCUUUUAGGACUAAAGUUUGUCUGAGACUUAGUGUAAACUUAUCUUUCGCUUUCAAUGUAUAUACUCGUAUGGUAAUUUCGUACAAGGAAGACAAAGAACACAAAAGCUAUAAAAUUAUUUCAUAGAUUCAAGACUAUGACUGACAAGACACUUUCAAUCACAAAGUUUAAGGUGUGAGAGAACCGUAAGCUGCAAACUCCACUAUAUAUGGUAGGAUAUUUUACUGUAAAUUGUAAACUGUAAAGCACAUUUCGAGAGCAAACUCUUCAGUUCUGGUGAAUUUUAUACCCAAAACUCUAAAAUUAAUAAACAUGAUAAAUAUUGCUUAUACGUGAUGUAUGUAUGUAGACACUUGAUGUAUUUAUGUCAAUUUUGUUAAUGUAAUUUUAGAAAUUGCGAGAACCACGAUGGAAAAAAGCUAUUCCAUGAUAAAUAUAGAAAGCUACUACACAUAUUUUCCACGGGAUGUGUUUUCUCGGCAUGAUCAUAGAACAUUGAAAUGCUGUUUGUUGAAAUAAAGUGCAUGCAUUUUAUUGCAGGAAUUCCUACAGCUCAAAACAGCAGUUGUGUUCUACGACAAGUGAGUACUAGUCUCGACUGCAAAGUAUACCGGUCCUGAUAUUUUGAAACUGCAUUUUAUCUAUAGGCUGCUGACUAUACACAAGGCAAGAUUUGCAUACCAUUAUAUUUCAAUCGCAUAGUGUUUGACAGUUCUCCUUGACCAUGGCACUUCUUCAUGAAUGACUAUAUGACUUAUGCUUACAGUUUACAGCGACCUUAUUCCGAGAAAUCUUUACUAUUGCCUAUUGAUGGGUUGCAGAAAGUAUUACCGGUAACAGAUGGAUAAACUUCUCCAUAUCAGUUACUGUAUUAAUAUUCUACCAAGCUAAGUACACCACUAUACCACAUAUUACUCAAAAUAAUUUUCAUUUUUUCUCACUCUGAUAACUACAAUUGGUUUAACUAUGUAGCACAUAAAUUGAUUGUCUCAGAUUCAUUUUACACUGUGCUGCAUGAUAUAACUGAAAUCUAUACAUCUACCAAGGUGCGUUUCCGACGGCGUACUUUUUAUCUGCCGAACUUAAUUGUAUUGAGAUGCGACGCCAUGCAGAGCGAUACACGAACGAUAGUGACUCAAAUGCAUGGCUUACCAAAUAUAAUAAUGUGAUUGCCCAGCUAAUUAAGGUUUGGGAGCAUUGACAAGCGAUUCCUAAAAAAAAUCAAAACAAAUUUUAGUCUAUUUUUAAAUUACAAGAUGGCUAGUCUAAUAACUAACAAGGGUGGAGCGGCAUAUGAAUUAAUGUCGCGUAAUGCGAUAUGCUCUACCGAAUUUGUGUAGAAAUUUUGUCACCCAAAUUCUGCCGUGUACGUACUUUGUUGAUUUAUUAUUUAAUAUACAUCGCUCUUCUGUCGAACCUAUAAUUCGUGAAUUAAGUUCUGUCCAUAAAUAGUACGCCACAUGGAAGCAGCAUAAUCGGUGACACCUUUAAAACCUGGGUUCCGGGAGGUCCGCUUUCUAAUCCAUGGAUAGAGACAGGGCCGUAGCUAGACUCGAUAAUUGGGGGGGGGGGGGUAUAUUGAUAUAUUUAUGUUCACAGACCGUAAAAACAAUCACUUCCAAAAGAAAUCCGCCGGGUGUAUAUUCAUAUAUUUGUGUUCUGCCCCCCAAUUAUCGGUCUAUAGCUACGGCCCUGGAUACAGACAAAAUAUUUGUUUGCUUUGUGAUAAUCACCUUUAUCCAAUAAAUAAACGCGGUGUUUAACAAAAAAAAAACUAACCUAAAUUUCAUUCAAUUUAGAAUCCACGUCCUCCAGUAACUUCACAAACACUAUUGGUAUUAAAGGAAGUUGUUUUGAUAUGGGUAGAUUUAUACCUUUCAUCUGUAAGUGCGUAAUAACUUUGUCUUUCGUGUUUCAGGUCAUGCUAUAAAAAUGAAAUAAAAUGAAAUUCACACCAAAAUUAGUCGUAACCGUGUACAUGCAUCUAUUACACUUACUCAAGUGCUAAAUUAUAUAUGUUAGUUAAUGAAGCCCUGGUCAAACGAGGAAGAGAGUUGAUGAGGGUUUCAACUCUCGCCCACGUUUGACCGCCAACUCUCAUUGACUAGUACUAUCAUGCACUCUCAACAUCUUUAAACUAGUUCAAAUGUUGACGAGAAAUUAUGAUAGUUUUUGCUCGUUUAACCAGUACCUCUUAUCAACUCUCGCGCAACACUUGUUCUCGUUUGAGCUGCGCACACGAGAUUCAGGAAACUCUCACUCUCGUUCAACCAGAGGUUUAGAGAUUUCUUGUGUGCACCACAGCUUUAAGUUGUUUACAAGUCAUUGACGGAAUUUUCACUCCACUACAGCUUUCCUUUUCCGGGUGUAAAUAGCCGAGCGGAAUUAGUACCCUCGCCACGCGCUAUAUAUAUAUAUAUAUAUAUAUAUAUAUAUAUAUAUAUAUAUAUAUAUAUAUAUAUAUAUAUAUAUAUAUAUAUAUAUAUAUAAAAUUAUAAUUUUUACAAAAUUAUACAGUGUUCUCCGGAUUGUAAUUAUUUGUUUUGAGCUUUCGACUCGGUACUUAGAGCCUUCAUCAGAAAGAUUGAUCAUUUGAAUUUUCGCGCUGUUGUUGACGUUGUUGAAGUCUGUGGGAACGUCUGAUUGCAUGGUUGAUGGAUUUCAGUAAGUUGGUUGCCAUUAGUUACUAUCGAAUGCGGGUGAUUAUUGUUAUCAUGAGACGGUGCACGUGUAGGGAAGGAAGUUGAGGGUGGGUUAAAGGUUAAUGAAGAUGAAUUAGGAGAUUUGUGAGAGCGUUUCAGUUGUAAGUAAAUUGUAGGGAUGUCAAUGUGACGGUUAAGGUGGCUCCAUACACUUUCAUCAUCGGGGGACUGGUACCUAAUCUUGAGUUUCGCGCGAAAAUAUUACAAAUAUAUGCAAAAAUAAAUACAACUUUUUCAGUCUAAAAUUCGAACCACAAGUCAUGGUUAUUUUGAUGUUUCGAGUCUUUUUUGUUCUCAUUUGUUCUCAAAGAACAAACUUCGUCCUGAUUUAGCCCUGAACAUUGAAUAGCUAGUCUUUUUAGAAGACAUUUUAAGGUAAAAAAUGCAAUGUUUAACGUUCAAACUCUUGUGAAAACCGGCGAUCGGCCCGACCGGCGAAACGUUUUUACUCCAAUAUUUGACGUUUUAUAUGUUCAUAUCCAGAGUUUUUUGUACUUACAACUGGUAAAUGUAUUCAAAGUGUCACUAACAGCAAAGGAAUUCAGUCAAACAGCAUCAUACGCCGGCUCAAACUGUUUUAAAUUGUCAACAACAACAUGAAAACACACAAGUUACGACUGUAAACGAAUAUAAAACUAUGUAGAGAAACCAAAAAGUUCAUACAUGUCACACAUAUCUUAUACCAAACGACACAAUCACCUGUUUUCUUGGCGUUAUCCCGAGUUAGCAUGCAAAACUAAAGAUAUUUGCAUUUCUAAGCAAGAAAACACAACAUAUAUUUGAUAUUUCGACGAGACUAAAAACCUUUUUGUGCGUGUUUUUCUGGAGAUGCGCCUGCGAAAACAUGUACGCGCAUGUCAAUUCAUUGAUCUUGCAGAGCUCGAAAAACUUUCGGCCGAGCGAGUGAGAUACCACAAUAAAACGGUGUAAUUCAAAAUUUUGCACGGUGACAUGUGAUGAAAUUUUGCACAACGAUAACUUCUUUUAAAACAAAUAGAAUAUCAAAAUUUUAAAAAAAUCUGUAGAUUGGAAAACUUUAAAUCCGCAAUUUUUUAUUCUGGCUAUUCUAAUCUACAGAAUUUUUUUAUUUUCAGGGAUAAGAUUCCUUAUUAUAAGUGAAAGCUAUACAGCAGUUAAAAAUUGGGGGUCACCGGCAAUAUUCGGAAAAUAAAGAAUAAAAACCUGCUUAAAAUAGCAAAAAAUACCAUAUUUGGCGAGGCUACUGUUACUAUGGAAACAAUAUUAUGUUCAAGAAUAUUGCAAAUUUUUUCUACCAAAUACUUAAUUUAUACUUGGGAAUGCUUAAAAUUAAUAGAUGGAGUAAUACAAUUUAUAAAUUGAAAUUUUUACGCAAUAAGGUAUUUAUACUACGGAACUGUAUGGAGCCACCUUAAAUGUUUGUUUGUCUAAACUAUGCCACGCUUCUUUAAACUCACGGGCAUGUUUAGUAGUUGCUUGUCCUAGGCAUCUCGUUUGAGACCAGUCGAAUUUGUGUCCGUUGUCGUCUGUGUGUUUAGCUGGAAGUGAGCUAUGGUCGUGUCUGUUGAUUGCGUUCUGGUGUUCUGUUAGUCUUGUCUGAAUCUUUUUAGAAGUUUGUCCAAUGUACUUAUCCGGACAGUUUUUGCACGGGAAGAUAUAAAUGGCGUUAUGUUUAUCCGUUAUAUGUGUCUUGUCUUUGUGUUUAGUGAAGUUGGACCUAAGUUUGCAUGUUGGUUUGUGUGCAACGUCAAUGUUGAAAGGUCGGAGGAGUCUAGCUGCCAUUUCUGAUGUAGUGUGUAUGUAAGGAAGUGUAAUCCUCGUUUUUGUUUGGUUAAGUCGGUCCGUGUUAGUUUGUUGUUUAUGUUGUAGCACCUUAUUAAUGAAGUCUAAAGGGUAGUCAUUUUUGUAAAAAGUAGAGUAUAAAUACUUGCGUUCGUCUUGUUUGGAUUGAUCAGUGUUACAAUGUGUGUCAAUUCUGUUGAACAGAGUCUUUAUGCAACUGAUUUUAUGUUGUGUUGGGUGAUUGCUAUUGUAAUUUAAAAUUUGAUCAGUGUGUGUUUUCUUGCGAUAAACUUGUGUGGUUAAAGUGCCGUUGUCUGUUUUUGUUAUUGGGACGUCCAAAAAUGCGAGUUUGUUGUCAUGUUCUUCCUCUUUGGUAAAUUUGAUGUUCUUAGUGGUGUUGUUAAUUGUUAGUAGGAUGUCGUCUGUUUUGUCGUUUUUGACAGUAGCAAGUACCAUACCUAAUUUUAAGAAUUUUUUAUCACUGCACAUUUUUGUGUUUUUGUUACAGUUGGGGGGUGGGGUGUAUGCCAAAAAUUUUCCGAAUGACUAAGAAAAUUUCCGAAUAUUCGGAAAUUUUUGGCGACGUCCCCCUCCCCCCGUCGCCAAAAAAAUUUUGGUCAGUGUACCAUUUUAAGGGUCAAAAAUUUUUUCCGGACAUACCAAAAGCCAGAUAUUAACUAAAAAUUGCCUGAAUCUCAUGAUUUUCGUACAAAAAACAUAUACUAUUAUUUAAUUCGAUAAUUUGGCAGUCAUCAUUUCAGUUUCAAUUAAAUCAUUCUCUUGUGUUAAUUAACAACUUAUCAAAGCAAAUUUUAUCACUGCACAUUUUACAUUUUAUCACUGCACAUUUUACUUUUAUCACUGCACAAAUUGGUUAGGACUGCACACUAAAAUUAGGUAUGGCAAGUACAUCGUCUACAUACCUGUCCCAUGUUUUAAUGUCGUCAUUGUUUGUAACAGCUUUACUUUCCAGGGGCCGGUUGUAUCAAAGGCGUUUAACUUAAACGGUGUUUAGCCGCUAUCCAGCGUAUAAAUUUCUUAUCCAGCGGAUAGUUAAACGGCCGAUAAAAUUGCGUUGUACGAAGCCCGUUUAGUACCGCGUUUAACUAUCCGUAGGAUAACCUUUAAUUUAACCGGAGAAAACCGGAUUUUCUUGAAAUUUCCUACCUCUACGUCAGCUGUUGCUAGGCCUUUGUAAACUUUUGAAGCUUUAUCUAACUUGUGAAUUCCACUAAGCUUUUGCAAUAAAGUUUGUUGUUGUUUUUAUUUGGAGUUUGCUCGUCCAUUCGUUGCUGCAAAUCUAUAUCAAACUUUUCAUUUUCACAUUGUGCUGAGUUUCUCAUUCACUUAAAUUCACUUACGGAUAUUUCUUUAAAGAUUUUUGGCUUCUUUAUGCGAAGAGUCGAAGGCAAUAGCAAAAACUGUGAGUUGUAUUUGGCUUUUGUCAGUUGAUUCAGUUUUAUACUGUUUGAAUGUGUUCCUCGACCUUGCACUUUUGUUCAAAACAAUUUUAAGAACAUUUUGUCCUACGUUUUGAUUGGCUGAUCAAAGCGAGCGAACAAUUUUUUUCGACUUUCGGCGUCUUGUUGUCUAUUUUGUAUACUUGUUGGCUUUCCAAAGUCAUUGUUUGUUUUACAAUAGCUAAAGUUGGGAGUCUUACUGCUUGUUUUCAAACUAUAUAAAAGAAGAAAAGAAGAAGAAAAAGCCAGAGUAUAUAAUAUUACUUAACAUCUAAACAUGACACUGGUGUGCGUAUUAAAAUAUAGCAAAGCCACUGAAUUACAAGUGAGCAAGUGACCUCAGUGUACCUCAAGACCAAGCCAGUUAAAAGUGAGUUUUUCAUGUUUAUUGGAUUUAAAAAGAUAACUCCUCUACAUGAUUGUGCAUUUUUAUAACUAUCCCAUGCUUUUUCAUCCGAAAUAAUCAUUGUUUUAUCUUCAAACUCAGAGUUUAUCCGCCGUAUAGCGAUUUAAACGGUCUCAAGAGACCGUAUAAGUUUACACGGUGGAUAGGCAAAAUUUAACCGGUGGAUAGCCCUAAACGGGCUUGAUACAACGCGAUUUCUCGAGCGUUUAAAUUUUAUCCAGCGGAUAGCGAGUUAAACGGUGGUUAGCGACUUAAACGCCUUUGAUACAACCGGCCCCAGAUCUUGCAUCACUGCCUCCGCAAGGAAACUGGAAAGUGGUGACCCCAUAGGAGUGCCGGAGAUUUGUCGGUAGUAAUUGUUCUGGAAGCAGAAUUCAGUUGAAAGGCAUAGGUCAAGUAAAUCAAGAAUGUCAUGUAUAUUAAGUUCUGUCUUUGUUUGCCACGAAGUAUUGUUAGUAAGUAGUUUUUCAGUUAUUAGUCGUGCAGUGUCAAAUGGGAUGGAAGUGAACAAAGAGACAACAUCAAAAGAAAUCAUAAUUUCAUCAGGUUCAACGUGGAUGUCUUUUACUUUCGACAGAAAGGCGUCAACAUUCUUAACAGAGUGUGGAGAUGUACUCACCAGAGGUUUGAGGAUAUCAGCGAGGUAUUUUGACAAUUUGUAAGUGGGGGAUCCAGGUAGAGAAACAAUUGGUCGGAGAGGAUUAUUAUCUUUAUGAAUUUUUGGAAGUCCGUAGAAUUUUGCGAUUGUUGCGUCUUUGGGUCUGAUUUGAUCAUAGGUGCGUUUGUUCAGUUUGUCUUGGCCUUACCAAACAAGAACGAGAAGCCUUGGAAGACCUUAAGAAAGACGACAGUAUUAUAAUACUACCCGCAGACAAGGGACGUAUGACGGUUGUCAUGGAUAAAUCGGAUUAUACCAAUAAAGCCAAAACACUAAUUAAUGACACUAACACUUAUCAGCCACUUGACACUGACCCAAGCAAAACUACAGUUAACCGCAUUAACAAAAAACUUAAAUCUCUCAAGGACCAAGACAAACUGAACAAACGCACCUAUGAUCAAAUCAGACCCAAAGACGCAACAAUCGCUAAAUUCUACGGACUUCCAAAAAUUCAUAAAGAUAAUAAUCCUCUCCGACCAAUUGUUUCUCUACCUGGAUCCCCCACCUACAAAUUGUCAAAAUACCUCGCUGAUAUCCUCAAACCUCUGGUGAGUACAUCACCACACUCUGUUAAGAAUGUUGACGCCUUUCUGUCGAAAGUAAAAGACAUCCACGUUGAACCUGAUGAAAUCAUGAUUUCCUUUGAUGUUGUCUCUUUGUUCACUUCCAUCCCACUUGACACUGCACGACUAAUAACUGAAAAACUACUUACUAACAAUACUUCGUGGCAAACAAAGACAGAACUUAAUAUACAAGACAUUCUUGAUUUACUUGACCUAUGCCUUUCAACUGAAUUCUGCUUCCAGAACAAUUACUACCGACAAAUCUCCGGCACUCCUAUGGGGUCACCACUUUCCAGUUUCCUUGCUGAGGCAGUGAUGCAAGAUCUGGAAAGUAAAGCUGUUACAAACAAUGACGACAUUAAAACAUGGGACAGGUAUGUAGACGAUGUACUUGCUACUGUCAAAAAGGACAAAACAGACGACAUCCUACUAACAAUUAACAACACCACUAAGAACAUCAAAUUUACCAAAGAGGAAGAACAUGACAACAAACUCGCGUUUUUGGACGUCCUAAUAACAAAAACAGACAACGGCACUUUAACCACACAAGUUUAUCGCAAGAAAACACACACUGAUCAAAUUUUAAAUUACAAUAGCAAUCACCCAACACAACAUAAAGUCAGUUGCAUAAAGACUCUAUUCAACAGAAUUGACACACAUUGUAACACUGAUCAAUCCAAACAAGACGAACGCAAGUAUUUAUACUCUACUUUUUACAAAAAUGACUACCCUUUAGACUUCAUUAAUAAGGUGCUACAACAUAAACAACAAACUAACACGGACCGACUUAACCAAACAAAAACGAUGAUUACACUUCCUUACAUACACACUACAUCAGAAAUGGCAGCUAGACUCCUCCGACCUUUCAACAUUGACGUUGCACACAAACCAACAUGCAAACUUAGGUCCAACUUCACUAAACACAAAUCCGUGCAAAAACUGUCCGGAUAAGUACAUUGGACAAACUUCUAAAAAGAUUCAGACAAGACUAACAGAACACCAGAACGCAAUCGACAGACACGACCAUAGCUCACUUCCAGCUAAACACACAGACGACAACGGACACAAAUUCGACUGGUCUCAAACGAGAUGCCUAGGACAAGCAACUACUAAACAUGCCCGUGAGUUUAAAGAAGCGUGGCAUAGUUUAGACAAACAAACAUUUAACCGUCACAUUGACAUCCCUACAAUUUACUUACAACUGAAACGCUCUCACAAAUCUCCUAAUUCAUCUUCAUUAACCUUUAACCCACUCUCAACUUCCUUCCCUACACCGUCUCAUGAUAACAAUAAUCACCCGCAUUCGAUAGUAACUAAUGGCAACCAACAUACUGAAAUCCAUCAACCAAUCAGACGUUCCAACAGACUUCAACAACGUCAACAGCAGCGCGAAAAUUCAAAUGAUCAAUCCUUCUGAUGAAGGCUCGAAGUACCGAGUCGAAAGCUCAAAACAAAUAAUUACAAUCCGGAGAACACUGUAUAAUUUUGUAAAAAUUAUAAUUUAAUAAAAUGCCUGGAUUACAAAUCUUCAAAUCUAUUAAAUAUAUAUAUAGUUAUAGCUCGACGGCAACUGGCCUCUGUAGCUCAGUUAGAGCGCUGCAAAGGAAACGCAGGGCCGCAGGUUCGGUUCCUGUCAGGGACCUACAAUAAUUGCAUUAUUCGCAGCUGUUCCCGGUUAGGUCUAAUAAAUGUAUAUCAGUAAAUUUCCACUCGAUAAUUUCCAUCUACAAGACUCUUCAACUAUUAAUGAGUACUAGCCCAUUGUAUAAUUUAACUUCAUUCGCUGGCAGAGGUAUGCAGUUUACAAGUACCUGUUCAAUAUUAUGUUUGCGACAUUGAAGAUAAUUCGGACAUUAAAUUUGUUCAAUAUUCAACACAUUUUCAAUAUUGAACGAUCGAUAAAUGUUGAAAAAUCAACAGAAGAAUGCGAAAGUUAGACAUUGAAGGUUAUCGACCAUAACGUGGUUAUGAACCAUAACUCAAAUCCAAUAACUGCAUGUGUUCUAUUCUUCCCCAAUUUAAUUUGUAUAAUUCAGAUCACCCCCUCCCCCCCGCCCGCCCCACCCCCCAUCACAGAUGUAAGCAAAGAAUAUUAAAUUUGACCUUUUAAUUUCAAACAAAAUCGCAUUCAAACUCAAGUAUAGCGUCAGACAUUGUGUUGUACAGAAAGUAAAAUAACAAGUAGAUGAUCAGCUUUUAUAUGAAAAGUUAAACUUAACGAAUAACAUGGGCGAGACGAAGUUAACGACAGACAAGUAGAGCUAGGCGAGUAGCUUCACUCGCCGUGUAGUGAUAAGACUUACAGGCGUGUGUAUAUAUUUCCAUUAAACAGGAUGUCUCAAAUUCAAUAGCUGUGUUCCAUAUUUUUACACAGCUAUUUAUUAGUGUGCAUCGAAAAUUCAAUCUAAGAGAUGAAUUUUGACACUUAAAUUAUUAAAAUUGGUCUAGUACAACCAAUAUUACGGCUUUUUAAUUAAAAAGCGUCUGGUUCACUCCAUGAACAUUGAGAUCAUCUUUCAGUUGUGUUAUAUAUGAAAAGUUCGAUGGUCGCUUAAUUUAAACCGGGAUUACAUUGGUUAUUGGUGUCCAAAUUUAUUUUAGUCUUAGACAAAAUUUUCGAUGCCCAAUAAUAAUUAGCUGUGUAAAAAUCUAGAACACAGAAUAUGUAUGUACAGGGUAAAAGUAGUUUACAAGACCACCGACGCUAAAUGCCCCAUGGAACGAAUCCCAUGCAACAAACCAAAAUUUCUGACGAAUUCCAAUUCUAUUUCUAGGAAAAUUCUAGGACAAAUUUUUGGAUGGCAGAAUCUGGAGCUGGAGAGGCUUUACGUGUUAGCGUCACUGGAGGUGGAUUUUCGAUCAACAUCACCACGGACGAUGUGCAAGUAGCCCGAGAUGUGUGCACUACACUGGGGGAGGUAGCACGAGAUGUAUGCAAAACUGUAACUACACUAGGUGCUCUUUACCUUGGGUAUAAAUUAUUAAGACCGUUAAUCGAGAGUGCUGUUAAAAAAUGUCUUGGUGAUGAACGAGAUGACACAGAAGUUCGACGUAUCCGACCAGGAUCUUUGCAUGUUCUAUUAGGUUGUCUAACAGACAAAAGAUUCCUGGAAGUUUUAAAAGAUUAUGAAUCUGGAAAGAUGAAAGAACGCUUGCAAGAGGAAUUUUCGCAGAUUGGAAUAAAAGUAGAAGGACUGAAGGUGGAGAUUGAAAACAUGGCAGAGGUGAACGAAACAAAAGAAGCUAUAAACAAGAGGUACGAUCUAUGUUUUAUGAAAAGUAUAACUCGUGCUGUACGUUCGGUCUUAAAUUUCAAUUAUAGAUCUCUAACUCUUUAUCCUCGUUCACACUCCCACACUGCGUAGCUGUAUGUAACUUUUUCCUAAGGAUAUAACCCAAAGCAUACCCUGGAUUCCAGAGCCUUCGACAGUAAAGAACUGUAACUGAAACCACUAAUUCUGUUUUGUGAUUGGCGUGGUUUAAUCAAAGAAUCGCCCCGUUGAACCAGAGCCUUCGCGACAUUUCAAUUUAUUAUUUACUGUCGAAGGCUCUGGAAUCCAGGGUACCCAAAGCAUAGUUAAUAUAAAAAAGCUAACAAAGUCAUGAAAAAGAGUAGAGUGUUUUGUACCAAAAGAAGAACAAAACAGAAAAAGAUUAGUUUAAACAAACGGUAUAAGAUAGUGAACGUUACAAAAAUCUUAACAUUGUUUUAACGCAGAUCAUAUAUCAACAGGGGCCUAAAGAUUGUAAUAGAUGAAAUGGAGAGUCACACAGCGAAAAAUGUGCAG